CUCGUUUAUCGGGACGGCACCACCAUGUCUGCCUCCUCGCCUCAGUCGUCUAAGGGUAGUCCGUCCCGCCUUCAAGCCUUGAAGGCGGCCAAGAAGGCGGCUCUCAAGGCCGGCGGCGGCUCGCCCCAUGGCUCGCCCUCGUCUGAAAUCGUACGAGACCCCUUCGAGAAGGCCCUGGAGGCCAAAAGCGUCAUCCACGGCAACACGGGCCUCAUGGUGGACGGAGCCAUGCGGCUGCAUCGGAAUCCGUGGGAUGCCGAACAUAUCGAAAGUCCCGAGCGAUUGGCCGUAGUGGAAGCCCGCAUCCGGGAAUGGGGUCUGUGGGAUCGAUGCAUCAUGAGCCCGGCUCGGCUAGCUACUCCGGCUGAGAUUGAACGUGUCCAUACGGCCCAACAUUGGGCCCAAUUGGAGGCCUUGGGCCAACAAUCCGUGGAAUCAAUCCGACAAACGUGUCAACAGCAGUUUCAGACCAUUUACAUGAAUGAAGACUCGAUGCGGGCGGCGCGAUUGGCGGCGGGGGGUUUCAUCGACUUGGUUCAGGCCAUUAGUCAAGGUCGGUGGCAGAACGGCAUGGCCUUGGUCCGGCCGCCCGGACAUCACGCCAUGAAGGCCGAGGCCAAUGGGUUCUGUUUGCUGAACACCGUAGCCAUCGCUGCUCAAGAUGCCCUCCAUCGGGAUCCGCACAAGAAGAUCCUCAUUGUGGAUUUCGACGUCCACCAUGGUCAAGGCACCCAACAACUGUUUUACGAGGACCCGCGUGUGCUUUUCAUGUCCAUGCACCGAUAUGAGUCCGGCGAGUUCUGCCCGCAUCUCCGCGAGUCCCAAUUCGAUUACAUCGGUCAACUUGCGGGCCAAGGCUUCAACGUCAACAUUCCUCUCAACGAGAAGCAUUUGCACGACGUGGACUACUUGAACAUCUUUCACCAGAUUGUGCUCCCGUUGGCCUACGAAUUCGAACCCUCGUUGGUGUUGGUCUCGGCCGGGUUUGAUGCGGCCUUGGGUUGUCCCGAGGGUGAAAUGUGUCUCACGCCGCCAGUAUUUGGUCACAUGGUCCAAUCGUUGAUGAGCCUGGCCUAUGGCAAUGUGGCUGUGUUACUGGAAGGCGGCUAUUUCUUGGAGUCCUUGGCCGAUGGAGCGGCGUUUGCCCUCAAGGCGCUCUUGGGUGAUGAUCCCGUUCGGUUAGGCCCCAUGGACCCGCUCAACGAAUCCGUGUUCGAGAGCAUCUUGAAUGUCAUCUCGGCUCAUCGCGAUCAUUGGACCAUGUUUCCGGUCCAAGAGGAGUACAAUAUAUCCGACUACGACCCUAGCACAAGUGAGGAUUGUCACGAACCGCUCAUUUUGUACCGUGGGGACUCUUACCUUGAAGCUCGAGCCCUGAACAUGGGCAAAACCGAGCCCGAGGAUUGCUAUGCCAAACACACGCCCGAGAAGCAUGCCGAGCUCAUGGCACAAUUGACUGAGAUUCGAAAAACUUAUCCUAACGAGACAUUAACUUCCGGCGGCAUGGACAUCAAACGCGUGGCGCUGACCUUUGAUGAGCUGAUGACCCGACAUUCCAACUUGGAAGAGCCCAAUCAUCCGGAACGCCCUGGUCGGGUGUUGAACAUCUACAAAUCCCACGACAAGUUCGGUCUGCUGGACCGGAGCAAUCUCACGCAUUUGCCAUCGCGACGCGCCACAGCCGAAGAGAUCUUCCUGUGUCACGAUGCGGCUCACUACGAGGCCAUGUCUCAGAUCCCGGAGAAAACUCAGGACGAAUUGGAAAGUCUGGCGGGUUCCUUUGACUCGAUUUACAUGAAUCCAGACACAUUCGAUUGCGCCCUCUUGUCUUGCGGGAACUUGUUGAACGUUGUGGAUGCCGUGAUGGAUGGGCGGGCCAAGAAAGGAGUGGCCAUUAUUAGACCGCCUGGGCAUCACGCCGAGAGCGACGAGCCUUGUGGGUUCUGCUUGUUCAACAAUGUAGCCAUUGCCGCCAAAUACGCCAUCGAGUAUCAGCAGGCCAAGAGAGUGCUCAUCUUGGACUGGGAUGUUCAUCACGGCAACGGAAUUCAGAAUAUGUUCUACGACAAUCCCAAUGUGUUGUACAUCUCGCUCCAUCGGUUCGACAACGGCACGUUCUUCCCGAGUCGAAUGGAUGCCAACUACGACUAUUGCGGCGAGAAUCAAGGCGAAGGCUUCAACAUCAACAUCCCGUGGAAUGGGGCGGGCAUGGGCGAUCCCGAAUACAGUCUGGCCCUCUUCAAUAUCAUCCUGCCCGUGGGCUACGAGUUCAAUCCGGACUUAGUGUUGAUCUCGGCCGGAUUCGAUGCCGCUCAAGGUGAUCCGCUCGGGAAAUGUUGCGUCACGCCCGAAAUGUACGGUCACUUUGUGCAUCACCUCCAGAGAUUGGCCCAAGGCAGAGUCAUUGUGGCCCUGGAAGGAGGAUAUAAUCUCAAUUCCAUCGCCUUGAGCAUGACCAUGUGUACCAAGGCCCUCCUGGGCGACCCCUUGCCUCCGGUGUCUAUCCUCAAGCGACCCAAGACCUCGGCUGUGGAGAGUAUCCGGAAUGUGAUGCGAACCCAUGCUCGAUACUGGGAUUCUCUCAAGUUUGGCUUGAAGAAGGUGCCCGAUUCUUUUGAGGAACUCAAGGUUCAGGCCUACUCGAGCCCAACGAAGAAGGUCACACAACAAAUUCCUAUUGACAUGUCCAAGUCCCCACAUGGAGCCAAGUUCGAGUCUUUGUACAUCCCAUCUGAAUACGGACACUUCAGCGAUUGUCACACUGUCAACACCAUCUCGAGCUCGGCUCAUUCCAGCGAUGGAAUCCAAUUGGUGGACUCCAAAAGACGCCCUGAUGGAGGCGAUAGCUUGGCCUCUAACUUUCUAACCACCAGCUUGGGGAACCUGCAAUUGGACAAUUCCACCUCGGAAGCGACCCGAACCUCGCCCUCGAGAACGGACUACUAUCCAUUCCAAUUUGGAAACAACAACUAUUCCAGUCCUUCUGUGAAUACCAUCACCAAGACCGUGCGUACUAACAGUUCGUGCGCGGUUGUGGAUACUACAAAGAAAACGGAUGAGCCCUCGUCAUAAAGAAAAAGAAACAUCUUCACACAAAGCUACCUUAACAUUUUCAGAUUUUCUGUCUCUGGGAAAAACACAGCUAUCAUUAGAAAGAAAGAGGAGAAGAAACAGAUUCCAGUGUAUGUAGCUUCCGUUGCAUCGAUACCCAAAGCAUCCAAAGAUAUCUAGAACGGUCAUGACACCAAUGGAAGAUAUUCACAAGAACACCCUGGAUUGGGUCGAACUGGGUCAAAACCAAAAUGAUCUCUCUUUUCUGAAACACUCCAGUUUUCUUUCUCACUACUUUGUAAUUAGAUUUCUUCAACAAUAACGAGUAUGAACAUUAUAAUAAUAAUAUUAAUAAUACUAUUGGUAUUUUGUAGCUUUUUGGAACAAAAAUAAAAUCACCCCAAACACCUACACGCAACGUGACCCACUCCCUCAUUUGAAUUCUUGUCAACUCCUCUCUUCACUUCUUUAGA